AUGGAAAGAGGAAGCUUUGAAGAUGACGACUGGAAAUCUGUCGUUAAAUUUCCUCAACACGGUCCGGCAAAGUACUUCGACCGCACUUCUCUUGCCCAAAACUACAAGCGAGUAACCAUGGAAGAAGCGAAAAACGGCGCUCCCUGCCGAGUAUACUCCGAUGGCGCUUACGAUGUCUUCCAUUCUGGCCACGCGCGACAGCUGAUGCAAGCGAAAAACUACUUCCCAAACGUCACUCUUAUCGCAGGAGUUCAUAGCAACAAGGAAAUUCAUCGAGUUAAGGGACAAACUGUCAAUACUGAUGAUGAAAGAGUAGAAGCGGUCAGGCACAACCGAUAUGUCGACGAAGUGCUUUUUGAUGUUCCAUUUGAAUAUUCCAUCGAGUUUUUCGACAAGUACCAAAUCGACUUUAUCGCCCACGACGACCUCCCCUACACCCUGAUCUCCGGCCCAGAUCCUUACGAUCUCCCAAAGCGCCUGAAUAUGUUUCUACCAACCCAACGAACCGAGGGAAUCAGCACCAGCGACCUCGUGACCAGAGUCGUGCGAAACUACGACAGCUACGUUCGGCGAAAUCUCAAACGAGGAUAUGACUUGAACGAGCUGAAUGUUGGAACACUGACUCAAGCGAGAAUUCAUACGGAAAAUUUGAUCAGCAGCAUUUUCGGAAAUUCCUUUCAGAUGAUUUCAAAGAUGUUUGGUGCUGCCGAAGAAUCUUCAUAA